UCUGCGUUGGUAUAUUCAUUGAUGGUUCCAGUUAGAAAAAAGAAAAAAGAAAAAAGAAAAAAGAAAAAAGAAAAGAAAAAGAGCAGACAAAGAAGACCCGUACUCUAAUCUUCAAUCUUUCAACUUCAACAAGUUUUCAUAAAGGAGAAUUGUUGAAGAUUAAUUAUGUUUUAUAAUUAAUCUUCAGCAAUUCUCCUUUUCUUUUUCAUUUUCAUUUUCAUUUUCAUGGUCAGCCCUGUUUACGUUGAAGGAAGGCAAUAAUUAAUCAAAUCUAAAAGAUGUUACCAACCCAAACCCAAAGCCAAUUAAUUUCUUCAUUAAAUUAACCAUUAAUCCUCCUCCAGUUCUCCAAACAUUCAUAUUUCUCUCUCCUCUUAAACCCCUCACAACUCCUGAGUCCUUCAGAUCAUUUCAGGUAAUUUUAUCAUCAAUUAUUCGAUCAGGAGGGGUGGGGGGAGAAUUGAAAUUGGAGAUGGGAAAAUAUUUACGGCGAAAACAGUCGUAUAUAAGUGUUGGAGAAGAUCAUCCAGGAUGUAUAUGGGCUGUAUUCCAAAUGUUUAAUUAUCAUCCAUGGCAUAACGUUAGAAAAAUGCUUCCUUACAAGAAGCAUAAAUCAUCCCUUGAUCAAUCUACCAAAAGUAAAGGAAUAAAUCCAGAGGUAGAACAUGGAAUCAAUCAUUCACAAGAAUUGGAGGAGGAUUUGGUCUUUAAGCACUUGGCCUCUGUUAAUUCGGGGGAUGGUUCGGUUAGCAAGAGGUCACUGAAAGCCAGAAUAAAAGCAUUUAUGAAAGAGAAAAGCAACUCAAGGGAAUUAGAUAUGGUUGUUCAAGAGCCUGAAUUCCAAGGCCAUAAGAAUAAAUGUGAUGAUGAUGAUUGUGCUCCAAGUUUAUUGUCUCUUCUUAAGGCAAAUCCGAAGCUGAUUAAAAGCACUAAUCAAGUAGAUGUAGCGAGUAAUAUGAACCAGGGAACAAACGUUAAACAAAAGGAUUCGAAUGAUUUCGUGGGUGUAUUAGAGUUGUACAAAGUGGAUUACGACUUGUUCCUAAGAGUUAUGCAAGACAGUCCUCCAAGAAAACUCAAGUUGGUUAAGUGUGGUACAUUUCCUUCCCUGAAUCCUUGUAAUUUUGAAACUAGACAAACCAAAGUUGAACAACAUAAGUACAAUGAAGUUUGGCCUGUGUCCGGCAAUGCACGUGUGCUUCAGAAGGCAAAGUCACAAGGUAUUGCUAGAUCAUCAUCUAUUACUGAUUACUCCUUGGACAAAUUUGGUUAUUUGUUUGAUACUAGUAGUAAUAAAGCGAUUAAGAAGCAUCUAUCUAAGAGUUUAAGGUUGAAGAAUGACAAGGAUUUCGGGUUAUUGAAUGAUCUUCAAGGGCAGAGAUCUUUUAAAGAAAGAGACUAUCUGUCUGAGAGUGAGUCUCAUUUGUUCACUUCAAAUGAACCAUCUCGAGCUAGUCUUAAAAGAUGGAACAACACGAAUUAUGGAGAAAUGAAAUUAAGGCAUGAUUCCCCUAGAGAAGUUGAGAGUCCUGCAGAAUCACAAACACAAAGGCAGAGUUUUGAGGAACAGUUUGAUGCAAUGGCAGCAGCUAGAAAUCGCGAAACAAAUCUAGAGGGUUGUUCUUCUCAAAAAGACGAGAUUGAAAUAGUGGAUUGGCCAAUUUCUGAAGAAUCACCUUCAGUGUUAAUUAGCCCAUCAUCUAUCAGUAGAAAUUUGGAAGAGGAGACUCAAUUAGAUGACCAGUUUUCAGUGGACUAUCAGUAUGUGAAAUAUGUUAUUGAUAUAGCAGGCUUAGCAACAACAGAAAACCAAUGCGACGAGUGGCACUCGCAAACUCAACCACUUGACCCUGCAUUAUUUGAUGGAAUUGAAGUUUGCUGUCCUUUUGAGCCCAAAUCGUCAGACAAAGAUACAAUUUUCAUUUCCAGGUCUAACCGUAAAGUGGUGUUUGAUUUAAUUAACGAGGCAUUGAUAGAUAUUCACGAACGAUCCAAUGUGUAUUACCCCAAAGCAUUAUUAUCUGGGUGUCAUGUUUGUCCUACAAGAAAUGGGAAAAGACUUGGUGUUGGACAAGUUUGGAAAUAUGUUGGAGAGUACCUAAGUUGGAGGGCGGAGUUAGACCCGUCUCUUGAUGUUGCAGUGAGUCAUGACUUAUCAAAGGACAAGAAUGGUUGGCUGAAUCUUCAAACGGAUGCUGAAGGUCUUGGUCUAGAAUUGGAGGAUUUGAUUUUUAAUGAGUUGUUAGAUGAAAUUGUUUGUUAUUGAUGGGUUUGUGCAGGAUGUAUAUUCUUAAUUAUUGUAUAUAGUCAUAUGUUUCUUCUUUUGUUUAUCAACUAGUAUUAAUUACUCAGUUAGUAUAUACAUUUAAGCUGCUACAUGAUGUAAGUAGUAUACACUGUGUAAGGAGACUACAUUUAAGCUGCUAGAUGAUGAAAGAUUAAUUACAUCAA